AAUUUUUAGAGUCAAAUGAUUCAUUUUGUCGAAGUUGCUUUAAUAUGGGCAUUACCAGCCAUUUUAAUUAACAAACUGAUUUUCUAUUUAGUUUAUAAGAUUGGAGGAAAUCAUGAAUGUAUAGUAGAUGUAGCAUACUCUAUAAGUCAUUUAGUUGCAGGAGUAGUGUACUUUAUAUUUUCAACUAUAUCAGCUCCAGCAAAGAUUGUAAAAAUAAUUUAAAAUUUUAAGAUCAAUCUUGUUCUUGUUGCAUUUUGGUCACUAAGACUUGGAGGAUUCUUAUGUGUGACAAGAGUAAUAGCUGGAUUUAAGGAUGAAAGAUAUGAUAAUAUUUUUAGUGAAUACAAUGCAGAUAAAUUCAAGAAAGAUUUAAUGGUUUUUGUGUAAUUUAUGUUCCAAGGAUUAAUUGUAUUUGUCACUUCUAUACCAUUAUAUUUCUUGUUUCUAAAUGAUCUAACUUGGGAACCAGAUAAUUUUAAUGGUUUGAAUGUGAUGAAUUACAUAGCCUUAUCAAUCAUUCCUUUCAGUAUUUGUUUAGAAGCUACUGCUGGUAAAAAAGUUAAUAAAUAUUAAGAUGUAUAAUUGGAGAGGUUUAAGAAAUUAAAACAACAAGGUUUAAUACCAAAAGAAGAAUUAAUGGAAACUGGACUUUGGAGAAAGAGUCGUCAUCCAAAUUUAUUUUUUGAUUUAGUUACUUGGUUCUGUUUUGCUUUAGGAGCAAUUUGUGAUGCAAUAAGUGUUUGUGCAUUAAUAGGACCUAUUGCUUUAUUUUGUGUUAUGGAAUUUCUCACUACUCCAUUAACAGAAGCUCAUAUGAAAAAGAAAAGAGGAGAAGCAUAUGAAUAGUAUGUUUCUCGAACAAAUAAAUACUUGGUUAUGUGAUG